GGCUUUAGAUUAGAUUAAGGUUUAUAGUUUAUUUCUCAACAGUAUUUAUAUGACAGAUCAUGCAGCAGAAAAUAUGUGUACAGCGUGAUUAUAUGAGUUCAUCGGACAUGAUCCUGAAUCAAGACAAACACUUAUAAUACAGUGAUGAAGAAAACCCGCGUGCUUUAAAGAUGAUGAUGAAGAGCGGCUUCGACCGGAAACGCGGGAAAUACACAGAAAUUAAUUCAUAACAAGAAUUCGGUUCAUUAAACUCGGGAUCCGAAAGGGGUUUGUAUUUAUUUCAGAGAUUUAUAUCACACUCAGAAUUAUAAGAAAAAUACACGAGGUGUAAUGAUAAAAUAAUAAUAAAUAAAACGAAACGAGGAGCCUGUUUUUAAGCAGCAGGCGAUUAAACGAAUAAAUAAACGGCGGGGAAAGUGUUCAGUCAUCUUUAUAUUUCAAGCGACGCGUUUCUGAUGAAGCUCUGAAUAAUGUCAGGCUUUUAAAUUCCAGCACGAUCAUAUUUCAUAUUUCACUCGUCCCUUCUCAUGAUCCAUAAAACACACCGCUGCUCUCAGAGAUGAGAAAACACGCUAAAGAUCUCAUAUAUAUAUAUAUUACAUGCGGCCUAAAUACAGUUCAUGAGGAUAUGAUCAGAGAAAACAUACUGUGAGACGCGUUUAAUAAUUACACGACAAACUACAGGAAUGUUGGAUGCGAUCAGACUGAAGUAUAUACAGUGAAACAUCGCGUUAUUCUUAAGAUAGCUGCUUUAAAUGAUUUGGUUCUUUGUGCAACAGCGCGUUAGGUUUAUAAAUAUAACGAGCGAUGCUAUUACCAAUAAUAUAAUAAUAAUAAUAAAGUCAUUCUAUUAAAAACUACGAAAGUGUAAAGUUUUAAUGCCCCGCGAUUAAGAGACGCGUGCGUUUUAACGAUAAAAAGCGCGUGGCGUCGUUUUCCGCGCUUAAAAAGCGCCCCGUGUUUGUCUUAAACGACUUCUGGAGGAACAGACGAGCGCGUCGUGAAGUAAACGCGUCUAUUGUGUCGGAUGCAGUGAUUUGUACCGCGCGACGCGUCAUUAACGGCGCUGCGACACGAGCUCGACCGAGCGCGGCUUCCUCCGCGCAAACCCGCCGCGUCGCGUCCUCCAAUCAGAGCGCGGCGUCACUUAGCGUCUUCCAAUGGGAGGCGCGCGCUCGCGGGCGGCGGCGCGGUUAUCUGCGCGUCAUCGCCGCCGGAGUCCAUUGAGCGGGGAACGGCGCGUCAGAUGCGGGCGAUCGCGGCACUCAAAGCGGGCGUGAGAUCUGCCGACGGCCGGCACCGGGAUUCUGGGAUCGAGAGUCGCGCUUCCAGCGGAGGAGUCGCGGGCGUCAAACUUUCCUCGCACGAACUUCGUCGCGUCGCGGGUCGCCCUGUGCCUCGCUCGCACCGAUGUUAGCGGUCGGCCAGAUGGAUAGUAACCGGCAGAGUGCGUUCGUCCUGGGCAGCACUCCUCUGGCUGCGCUGCACAACAUGACCGAGAUGAAGACGUCUUUAUUCCCGUACGCCCUGCAGAACCCCGCGGGCUUCAAGGCUCCUUCCUUCGGCGGCCUGAGCUCUCAGAUCCCGCUGGGGACGCCGCACGGAAUUAGCGAUAUCUUGGGGAGACCCAUCGCCUCCGCGGGGCAGCUGCUCUCGGGUUUCCCCCGCAUCAACGGACUGACGUCGACCGGGAUGUACUUCAGCCCCGCGGCCGUGUCUCGGUACCCGAAGCCGCUGACGGAGCUGCCCGGGAGGGCGCCCAUCUUUUGGCCCGGAAUGAUGCAGGGCUCGCCCUGGAGAGACCCGAGGGUCCCCUGUCCCGCCCAAGCAAACAUGAUGCUGGACAAGGACGGGAAGAAGAAACACUCCAGGCCAACUUUUUCAGGACAGCAGAUUUUCGCGCUGGAGAAGACCUUCGAGCAGACCAAGUACCUGGCGGGACCCGAGAGAGCGCGCCUCGCCUACUCCCUGGGCAUGACCGAGAGCCAGGUCAAGGUUUGGUUUCAGAACAGGAGAACCAAAUGGCGGAAGAGGCACGCGGCGGAAAUGGCCACGGCGAAGAAGAAGCACGACUCCGAGACGGAGAAGAUGAAGGAGAGCUCGGAGAACGAGGAGGACGACGAGUACAACAAACCCCUGGACCCGAACUCCGACGACGAGAAGAUCACGAGACUGUUAAAAAAGCACAAGACGAGCAGCCUGUCCCUCAUCAGCCCUUGCAGCAACAGCUCGGACACUUUGUGAUGACACCGACUCUUCAUCGUCACCUUCAUCUUCAUCACCCGCUUCGGAUUCUUCUGGAGAACCGGGGCAGAGUUAAGCAGGGUAUAAACACUGUUCACGCCGAUCUCGCUUUGCUCUGAACGCGCUUGUACAGGUAGAAGUGGACGGGAGAUGUAUAUAUAUUUUUUACUGAGUAAAUUAUGUUAUCAAAGCAUCACGGAGACUCGCCGUCAUCUUCAUCCUCCUCCUCCUCCUCCUCGGCAUUAAGAUCAUUCUCGUCUUCGAUCGCAGAAGAAUAACGCCUUUUUUUCCGCAUAAAAACAAACAAACAAAAAAAAAAACAUUUUAAUUUUGGAGACAGGUACACCAAGUGUAUAAAGAAGCGCCGGUGCUGUAAAUGAUGUGAAUAGAAUCUGUUUUAAUAAUCUUCUUUCGGCUGGAGUUUAUGUUCACCAAACACUGAAGACGGAGAGAAUAGGACCGCUUCCGUGAGGACGGGAGGAGAAACACUUUGUAUUAUCAAUAAAUUAUUUAACAAGCCAACGUUUCAGACAUGUCCUGCUCCUUUUUGUCGCGUAUUUCUGAGACGUGCUGUUAUUUAUCCGAGCGUUACAGGAAAGAGGGUCCGAUUCUUACAGUAACGUUACUAAUCAUUUAAUAUCGCGCGCGUUCGUUUAAAGACAGGCGCGCGUUUGUAGAAAUAAACAUUUCCCGCUAAAUUAAGGAAUAUUUCGUUUAUUUCAGGAGCCCGAGCCGAUCGGCAAUAAAGCUUUAAACUCGCGUUCAUUCGAUCUCUAUUUCUGUCGGGGGAACAAAAAAAAACUAUUUAAUUACUAAUUUAAAAUUUAAACAAAUUAAAUUACUGCUAAAAUUAAAUUAAACAUGCCAUUAUAAUUUUUAAUUUUUUUUUUUGGAGACGUGCGGAUUUAUUUUUAAGCGUCUGUAAGUCACGACCUGAUGUCGAUAUUAAUCGACGAAUGUCGCGCGCUGUGUCGCUAUGGUAACAUCAGGUGAAAGCGCGCGAGUAAUGAAGUUUAGUGGUUACGUGAACGCGCAUAAAACACGUGCAAAAGAAAGUCGCCUUUUGUGAGUUUCUGCUUUAAUAAGAUAACCAGCUAUAACCAAUGAAUAUAGAAUUUUUUAUAAAUAGUUUGAUCGAAUGAACACUAUAUAUAUAUAUAUAUAUUAGAUCUUCCUUUUUCUUUUCCCUGUCAGGGACCACCAAGGUUGUUGAAUGCAUGUAAAUGUCCCAGGCCUGUUCAGUGGUUCUCAUGGUGUUAUUGAUGCUCGACGGAUGACAAAGAGGCACUGAUUCAUUCAUUCGUUCAUUGAGUUCUAAUGGUUUUAUUGCUUUUGGAGGUCUUGCCAUCCAUGAGGUCUAAUCGCUAUCUGCUUAAAGAAAAGAGCGCAUCCUAUCACCUGACCUGCUGGGAAAAACACCGUUAACAAGCGGCUCUUCUAACCGGAUCGCUGUGGGAGCGACACAAAAUCAUUCCCAGCGAUUCGGACACGAAGGACGGACUCUGUAGUGUGAAGAAGUCGGUCAGCGCUAGCGGAGAACAGACCGCAGAAAUCAAGAAGGGUCCUCCUGGUCCUUAUCGUCCGAGGCUCUACAUCUGACCGAGCUCGACAGUUGGCACCGUGACACAAUCAUAGAAUAACAGGAAAUCAUACAAAACCAAAAGGAAAGGAUACAGCUAUUUAAGAUACCCAGGCCUAUUUAAAAUAUCACAUUCAACCGUAACAUUAUUACACAGAAAUAAGUUAGAAUAAGAACAGUACUGUGAGAACCGAGCAAACUAUCUUAUAUACUCGCAUGGUUUAUGGCACUGCUUAAAAGAUAAAAAACGAAAUCGGCUAAAUAUAUAUAUAUAUAAAUCAUAUAGGCUGAAAUGGCAUUUUCUUCUUACAUCGAUGCGGAUUAAGUCGCUUCCUUAUAACUAUUCAGACGAUUCGACUGUACACCCGAAGCAGCCGCUCGUAUCGACACGUCAGCAUCUAAUAGUUUUGGUACGAAUUAUAAAUUAUCUCUUUAAAAAGUACAGAAUAUAAAAUGAUACUCGAGCGGUUGUAUGCGGCGCGGCACGACAAGAAGGAGAGAAAAACAAAAAAAACAAGAGAGGAAGAAAACCAUACAGAUGCUAGAACAGAAUAUAUCUGUCUAUUCUAACAGAGAAAGUCUAGAAAGGUCCAAACAGCAGUGAAAUCAGCUCGUACGGAUAAACCUAACCACAGAAAUACAACGAGAAUUCUUGCAUUGCACUUUAAAACAUCUUACAUACUGAAUGGAAGGAGCUCGUAAUAUUAGGAGGAGCUUCUAAAAUCCACAAGGAUGCCUUUUAAAAUCUGUUGAGUGUUUCUGAUCUUCUGUUAGAGUUUGGGAAACCGGGCUGAGAGGCGUCUGAUUCAGAGUGUGUGUGUGUGUGUGUGUGUGUGUGUGUCCAUGAUCU